CGUCAGUCAAAUAGGCGAACGCGCAGUUGAAGAAUGAGCUGUAGAAAACGCGGCUUCGUGCUUUGCUGAAAGUGAGGGAAAAAACGAAGCAUAUUGCGUUCAAAACAGAUUUUAAUGGACGAAUUUGAUCAGUCUUAUACAGAACAGCCCAUGACUGGUAUGCUUGAGUCUGAUCCUGUUGGGGGCUGCACCCUGACAGGCACAGAAGUUGCAGAGAAUGGCUGCCAGCUUGCAACCCCCCCUAUUUCAGCCCAAGGACAGGACCCCACCCAGAAUGUUGGGCCUUCCUCGGACAACAUUCCUGAAUCGUUGGGUGAUUUGCCACCAGCCCCAACAGAACAGGAUCCAUCUGCUACACCAAUGGCUGAACAGUCAGAGUCUGCACCACAGGAGUUCCCCCAGCAGCCAGAGUCAUCUGAACAGGGCAGUCCAACCAACAUGGAGCUGGAGGACACGUCGAAGGAUGCCGGGGAAGUGGAGGCGGAUCUGUCCAGUGCCGAGGUGCCGUUUCCUGCAGAGUUUGAGAAGUACUCAAAAGUAGUGGAAGAAAACCCUGAAGACUUCACAGGUUGGACUUACCUACUGCAGUACGUGGAGCAAGAGAAUCAUGUUGGAGCUGCUCGGAUGGCUUUCGACUCUUUCUUUGCCCGCUAUCCAUACUGCUAUGGCUACUGGAAAAAGUAUGCCGAUCUUGAGAAGAAAGCUGGAAAUGUAAAGACGGCAGAGGAGGUUUACCGCCAGGGCCUCCAGGCCAUCCCCCUCAGCGUGGACUUGUGGUUGCACUAUAUCACCUUCCUGAGGGAGACGGCCGAACCAAACGACCCUCAGGCAGAGGCGACGAUACGAUCUGCGUACGAGCACGCGGUGUUGGCUGCAGGCACCGACUUCCGUUCCGACCGCCUCUGGGAGGCCUACAUCAACUGGGAGACGGAGUUGGGGAACCUGGCCAAUGUCACCGCUGUCUACGACCGAGUCCUGGGCAUCCCAACGCAGCUCUACAGCCACCACUUCCAGAGGUUCCGAGACCACGUCCAGAACAACCUGCCCAAGCAUUUCCUGCCUCUGGAGGAGUUCGUGCGCUUGAGAAAGGAACUGGCUGCGACGAAUGGACACGGCGAAGGAGAGGCACCACCUGAAGAUAGCGAGCUUCCGCCUGGCACCGAGGACCUUGCUGACCCUGCCAAGUUGGUCACAGAGAUUGAGAACAUGCGACACAGGGUGAUGGAGUCCCGCCAGGAAAUGUUCAAUCACAAUGAGCACGAAGUCAGUAAGCGCUGGGCCUUUGAAGAUGGGAUCAAGAGGCCGUACUUCCAUGUGAAACCCUUGGAGAAGACUCAGCUGAACAACUGGAGAGAGUAUCUGGACUUUGAGAUCGAGAACGGGUCCCUGGAGCGUGUGGUGGUGCUGUUUGAGCGAUGUCUGGUGGCCUGUGCCCUCUACGAGGACCUGUGGAUUAAGUAUGCAAAGUACAUGGAAAACCACAGCAUCGAAGGCGUGCGCAAUGUUUUCAAGAGAGCCUGCAUGAUCCACCUGCCGAAGAAGCCGACCAUUCACCUGCUGUGGGGCGCGUUCGAGGAGCAGCAGGGCAACAUAGAGGAGGCACGUGGUAUCCUGAAGACUGUGGAAGAGGCAGUGCCUGGACUGGCCAUGGUGAGGUUGCGUCGGGUCAGCUUGGAGCGUCGCCAUGGAAACCUGGAGGGUGCAGAGGCGCUGCUGCGGGAUGCAAUUGAGAAUGCAAAGAAUGCCAGCGAGUCCUCCUUCUAUUCUAUCAAGCUGGCGCGACACCUUUUCAAGGUGCAGAAAAGCUUGCAGAAGGCCAGGAAAGUACUGCUCGAGGCUAUUGAGAAGGAUAAGAUGAGCCCCAGGCUUUACCUGAAUCUUCUUGAGCUGGAGUACAGUGGGGAUGUGCGGCAGAGUGAGGAGGACAUUCUGGCCUGCUUUGACAGAGCUCUAAGCAGCCCCAUGCACCUUGAGUCCCGCCUCACCUUCUCUCAGCGCAAAGUGGAAUUCCUUGAGGACUUCGGCAGUGACGUUAACACGCUUGUGGCUGCUUAUGAGGAACAUCAGAAGCUCCAGAAAGAACAGGAAUCUUCAAAGAGGAAGGCUGAGAAUGGCUCGCAGGAGCCGGACCUUAAGAAACAGCGCAUGGAUGACCACAGCAUGAACCCGGGUCACAUGAUGCCUGACAUGCAGGCCAAUCAUUCAGCCUACAAUUACAACUGGUACCAGCAAUACAACUACCAGAACCCUUGGGGUUAUGGACAGUACUACCCUCCCCCUCCCACCUGAUCAGAAGAUGCUGGGAGAUGAAAAUGUUUAAUUUUUACCCCGUCCUACAACGCAGCUUCCUCUUCCUGUUGGUGACAUUUGCCCUCUGACAAACACCCCCCCCCCCCCCCGCUUUUUUUUUUUCUUUAUUAUAAAGAUCAUUUGGCUUUGCUGCUGAGACAGCGGUGUGUUGGAUAGCUGUGGCAAGCAUAGACCAUAAAUUGUGGGUUUUUCUCCCUCCAUGUUUUGACAGUCAUUUAAGAUGGGGUCCUUUUUAAUUUCUGAUUAGUUUUGAUGUUUCAAUUUGUAAAAAACUAAUAAAAUGAACCUUUCCUUCA